AUGAGCACUUUCAGAAGCAUGAUCAUGUUCUGUCGCACUAUCCAGGCUGAGACAGAGCUUGUGCUGUAUAGCACGAACAUUUUCUGUUACACUUGCGAUUCCGACUGGACACCUUGGAUCCGACUGCUCGAUCAAAAGAAGCGCAACGCCAUCAGAACCGUACAGAUGGACUACUACGGUUCUUACCGCUUCAUUUACUCAACGCUAUCUUCUCUCCUCAGCCUCUCAAAUUUGAAAAUGAUCAUCUUCCGAUCAGGGAGCGGCCUUGGGCUUUUCAAGCAAGCUGUCCAGGAGUAUGCGCAAGCAAGGAAGUGGCAAGUGAUCUUCGAUGAUUUGCCACCUUACCAGUAUGAGAUUGGUGACAACAUCAUCUGGGUCGGCUCCGUCGAUCCUGGUGCCGGCCUCGUCUUCAGCCCUACAUCCAUGAGCAAAGGCCUCUGGGGUUCUGGUCAGCACCUCGCUUUGUCUCAUGCUAUACUUACUGCCAUCUACAACACGUGCCGCCAGAUCCGCUUCGAGACACAGGAUCUAUACUACAAGCUCAACAUCUUCUAUGGCCAACUUUCAGUCCUUGUCAGUCCUGGUAUGAUGGAGCGACAUCCCAGUCUACAUCAUGUCAAGGUUGCCCGCAUCGAGUUGAAGGCCACCGACAUAAAAGUUGCGGGCAACAAGGCUAUGGGGGACGAGAAGAUCAUCCAUUUCCGCUACAACACCGAGGCCAAGAACAUGGAUUCACAGCUACCGAAGAAAGUGCUGAAUAGGAUGCGAAUGGUCUUCCAGGAACGUAGGGUCGGUUAG